AUGGCCGAUACCGUACCUCAAUCUUAUCCAACAUCAACAUCACCAGGAAAUAUCGAUCAGCAGUAUAGUCAGCAUCAAUAUGCUUACCAGGCACGCGUCAGCAGUCCAGCCGGACAGUACUAUAAUGGUGCUAACGGUGGCGAACAACAAGUUCAAGAAAAUAUUGAACAACAGCCAUCAGUAAAUCAGGGUCAAGAUGGUAACUAUGGACAACCAGGAUUCAAUGAACAGAACAAUGCUGGUCUUAUUCAACAGUAUAAUGGCGCUGCUGGUCAACUUGCGCAACAACAAGGACCCAAUGGUUACAAGAUUAACUUUGAUCCGAAUCCUCAAAUUAUUCGCAAGCAUGCCAAUGAUGCCGUUACAUAUAAACAAGAAGUUGCUGUACGAUAUUUACGUCCGCCAACACCUCCCCCACCAGGCCCUUUGAUUAUUAAAGAGGUGCGAAAUCCAGCUUUACCUGCAGCUCCGCCUAUUGUUAUUCGACAACGUCCACCUCGACCUGCAACACCUCCUCCUCUUAUCAUUCGAGAAAAACCACCCCAGCCACCCGUUCAACUUGCUCCAAAAUUAAUUACGAAACCAUUACCACCACCCCCGCCGCCACCACGACGUGUUAUCAUCGAACGAAUGCCACCAUUGCCGCCUAAACCUCAAAGUAUUAUUGUCGAACGUUGGCUACCAUACAAACAACAAAAACGACGCGUUAUUUAUCAAAAGGCACCACCAGUGCAACCGCCAGCACCUCAAAAAAAUCUCAUUAUUCAAUGGGAAGGCACUCAGGCUCGUGUCGUCAAAGAAUUCCGCAACUUGGGCAUCAUCAAAGCAGACCCAAGUACUUACAUACAACAGUACGGCGCACAACUACGACCUACGCAAGGCUUACCAGAUUUCAUUAAAGGAUUACCUACACCAAAUCUUGGUCCAGAAUACACCGCUAAUCCUGAUCAAAUCGAUCCUGCAUUAUUAGCUGGUACUAAUGCCCAAGUCAAUGGUUUCGAAGUUGCCGGCGGCCAAGGCCUUCUUGCCAGUGCUUCGGACGGUUCAUUGCCCGCUGGUGGACACCCAGGCUUCGCCCAAGAAAAUGUUCAGUAUGCAAACUAUCCCAAUGCAGGUGGUCAAGUACUUAAUGAUCAACAGUAUGCAUAUCAACAACAAGCCUAUUCUCAUGAAAGUACGGUUGAAGGCCAACAAUUUGCCGAUCAGCAAGGUUUUGAACAACAAGGUCAACAAGGUAAUGGUUUUGUUCAAAAUGUACAAUACCAAACAAUACCGCAAUACACUAAUUAA